GUUGGUGCAAGUGGAUGCCCGCCCUGAUAUAUAGAGCUCGAGAGGCCUCGUGCACCGGAGGAUAUGCGAAGGGAAGGAAGAGAAGGAGAGAAGAAGAGAGGAGCAAAACUGAGGCAAGAUGGUGAGAGCUCCCUGCUGUCAGAAGGUGGGUCUGAAGAAGGGGCCAUGGAGUCCGGAAGAAGACCAGCUUCUAAUGGAUUACAUCCAGAGACAUGGCCACGCAAAUUGGCGAGCUCUGCCCAAGCAAGCUGGACUGUUGAGGUGCGGGAAGAGUUGCAGACUGAGAUGGACGAACUACCUGAGACCAGACAUCAAACGAGGCAACUUCACCGAGGCGGAAGAAGACGCGAUCAUAGGCCUGCAUAGGGAGCUCGGAAACAAGUGGUCUGCGAUAGCUGCGAGGUUGCCGGGCCGAACCGACAACGAGAUCAAGAACGUCUGGCACACCCACUUGAAGAAGAGAGCAAAUCCGGAAGAAGCAACACAGGAAUCAAAGAGAAAGAUGAAGCGCAAUGCCAAGGCCAGUUCUGAAUCCGAACAAGAAGAGGACCUGCAACCGGCAUCGCCGAAGGAAGAAGAUGGCUUUUCGUCGGAAAAGGUUGAAGGCAUCGAUGAGAGCUUCUGGUUGGAAGCAUUGUCGAUUGACGAAUUCGCAGCGAUGGAAGCCCCUCGUGCAGCUGCGGCCAGCAACACUCUCAGUUUGUUCAGCUCGACCAACAGCUGUGACAUGGAGUUCUGGUUAGAUAUCUUCGUCAGGGAAGCUGAGUUCUUAGAGAAUUUGCCACCACAAAUCAAUCCUCCAGACAUUCGAGUAGUCUAACAUUUUUGUUUGCUUGUUGUUUGUAUGCCAAAGAUUGAUUAAAGAGAGAGAGAGAUUAUUUGCAGAAUGUCAAUUCAUUUCGCAUCAUCCUAGAGAAAUCAUCUACUAGAUGAGCAUUUAGAGAAUAAAUAAAGCAUAUGAUCACUACUCUGUCGUCACUAUGCACUAUAAUU